AUACUUACCUGGCCUUCGUGUCGCGCUAGACGUUAUUAGAGUGGUGCGAGACGAUUCAAGGAGCUUUCGACAGAUCAUUCCCAGGUGAGGUCGGUAACUUCAUUCUCCGGCGGUGGCGGUGAGAGAUAAGUAUAUAUAACUAGAUUCCCUUCAUAAGUUCACCCGAGCUUCUCAUCUAGGCAACGCAAUUUAGCGCUCUGCGUUUCUCAGGCUUGAGUUAUGCCUAAAAGAAAGACUACAGCGGAUUCACACAAUCCCCGGGUUUUUAUGGACGUCUCUGUAGGCAAGGUCCCCGCGGGUACAAUGAUUUUCGAGCUAUUCAAAGAGGCUGCCCCUACCACUGUUGAAAAUUUCCGUGCGCGGCUAUGUACAGGAGAAAAGGGCGUUGGUAACGUAACUGAUAUGCCGCUGCACUACAAGGGCUCCUUCUUUUAUCAGAUUUGGAGUGGCCACUCUUAUGUGAAGGGGGAGAUUUUUUCAGUAAACUUGGCAUUUGUGGAGAGAGCAUUUAUGGCGAAAACUUUCCCGAUGAAAGAACCCCAUUUAAACAUAAUAAACGGGGACUUUUGUCCAUGGCCAUUACCGAUCGUUAUGGUAUUGGUUCUCACUUUUUAAUCACAUUGAAAGCUGAUCCCGAAAUUGAGAGGUUUCAUGUUGUUUUUGGGAAGCUCUUGGAAGGAUUUGAUACGCUAAAUAAUAUUCAAAAUGCGCAUCUUGGGAAAAAAAGUUCGAGUCACCAAUUGUGGCGAAUAUAAAGCUAAAGCAAAGCCUUGCACAGAGCCAGCUCAGUCUUCUCGAAGGGCAAGUUGGAGGAGAAUGAAAAACUGAGAACCUGUUUGGAUAGGAAUUUUUGGGAUCUAAAAUAGAUUUUUUGAAGGGUCUGACCAAUAUUUUUUUUGGGCCGUGAGAAUCCUAGCCAGCAAAGAUAAUAGAAUUGCAUUUUGUCACUUAAUGAACAAUAUGGUGAGAUGACCAUUGAUUGGCUGAACAUGUUUACAGAAGCAGACAUCCCAUGGACUCAUUAAAGUAUUGAGCUAAAAGAGACUAGGAUCUAGAGAAGUGAUAACUUCGUUGCAGAGCUAACAGAGGCUACGAUCUAGAGAGCUGAUAACUUUGUUCAGUGUCGAUGAACACUGCUGACUUUUAAUAACUAUUAUGAUAUGAUUCACAA